CCCCAAACCUUCACCUGACUUCAUUCACAGAUCGCCGGAAUCUCACUCCAGCUAAAAUCGGACUCGAAACGCCGUCGUUUUGUGAUCCCGCACAUUCGCGCAUGGAAGCCACCGUCGUCGCUCUCUAAACCACCGUCGCUCGUCGCAGAUCCGAAUUCGGUCCCCCCCCCUCCUAUGGCUUCGUGGCUCAAAGCUGCUGAAGAUUUGUUUGAAAAUGUUGAUCGAAGGGCAAAGCUUGUUGUCAAUGAGUUGUCCGAUGAGCAGCUGGCUGCCCAAGUACUAGCUGCUAAUGGACAAGGAUCUCAAGCCAAGCGGACAAAGAAGAAGACUAAGGCUCAGAAGAGACAGCCGAUAAAUGAAACUUCUGAAACAAGUUCUAAAAACAAAACAGAGGCUCCAGAAACAAGUGCCUCUGCACUAGCCCAGACUCCACAAGUAGAUUCGAAACCUGAAAAAGGUAGUGAUGUUCAUUUAAAUGACAAUGAUGGGACAUCCUCUGAAAAUCCUGUGAUUCAAACAAUCGAAGAGCAGCAAAAGGAUCUCAAGACAGACUCCACGGCUAGCAUUCCUAUGAAUGAGACACCAGGAAUUGGAACCAGUGAAACGGAUGCUGGUAAACUGGAAGCGUCACCAGUUCCUACUGAAAGGGAAGCUUCCUCAUCAACUUCAAAUGGUAAGCUUGUGAACAAGAUUGCCACAGUUGGUCCGGAAGAACAGCAUUUGCCGGUAGUUGCCAAAGAAGUUGAGGUUGUGCAUGAAAAUAAUCAUGUAGAUUCAGUUGAUGCUGCCCAAGAUAAAAGAUCGAAAGAUGCGGGUGCCCCUUCAACGUUUGAGCAAGAGAGAUCACAUUCUACAGCUACUGAUGUCCCCAGUAACAAAGAAGGUCAGUUAGAAGUCGCUGAUGGCAGUGAGGAACCAGUCCUUGAGAGAAGAAAGCAAAAUGAGCAUAAAGCUGGUAGCUCUCCGAUAAAAGUACAGGAACAGGAUCAACUUGAGGAGGCUCAAGGAUUGCUCAAAACUGCUGUUUCCACUGGUCAGUCUAAAGAAGCAAGGUUAGCGAGGGUUUGUGCUGGACUUUCAUCCCGUCUUCAAGAAUACAAAUCUGAGAAUGCACAGCUAGAGGAGCUUCUUGUUUCAGAGAGAGAACUGAGCAAGUCAUACGAGGCUCACAUAAAGCAGCUCCAAAAAGAUUUGUCAGCAUCCAAAAACGAAGUGGCAAGAAUAGAAUCAAAUAUGGUUGAGGCCUUGGCAGCAAAAAAUUCUGAAAUUGAGGCACUUGUCCGUUCCUUGGAUGCACUUAAGAAGCAGGCCGCUAUAUCUGAGGGAAAUCUGGCAUCUAUGCAGGCUAACAUGGAAGCUAUAAUGAGAAAUCGGGAACUGACGGAGACAAGAAUGAUGCAGGCUGUACGGGAGGAGUUGGCUUCCGUAGAACGGAGAGCCGAAGAAGAGCGUGCUGCACACAACGCUACCAAAAUGGCUGCUAUGGAAAGAGAAGUUGAAUUGGAACAUAGAGCCCUUGAGGCAUCCACGGCCCUAGCACGAACUCAGAGAAUAGCGGAUGAAAGGACAUCGAAGGCAUCAGAACUUGAGCAGAAGAUGGCAUUGCUUGAGGUUGAGUGUGCCAAUUUAAACCAAGAGUUGCAAGAUAUGGAGGCUCGUGCUCGUCGUGAGCAAAAGAAGCCACCAGAAGAGGCAAAUCAAAUGAUUAAGGUGUGGCAGGAAGAAGUGGAACGUGCACACCAAAGUCAGAGGGAUGCAGAGGGCAAACUUUCUUCUUUAGAGGCUGAAGUUCAAAAAAUGAGAGUUGAAAUGGCUGCCAUGAAGAGGGAUGCUGAGCACUACUCACGCCAGGAACACAUGGAACUAGAGAAACGCUACCGUGAAUUAACUGAUUUACUGUACUACAAGCAAACACAAAUAGAAACCAUGGCCAGUGAAAAAGCUGCUGCAGAGUUCCAAUUGGAGAAGGAAUUGAAGCGUCUCCAGGAAGCACAGGUAGAGGCAGAAAGAAGUAGAGUUCCCCGCCGGGCAUCAGCAUCCUGGGAAGAAGAUGCUGAAAUGAAGGCACUUGAGCCUCUUCCCUUGUAUCAUCGUCAUAUGGUUGGGGCCACAGUGCAGUUUCAGAAGGCUGCAAAACUAUUAGAUUCAGGAGCUGUCAGGGCCACAAAGUUUCUUUGGCGGUAUCCAACAGCUCGAAUUAUUUUGCUGUUCUACCUGGUAUUUGUGCAUCUGUUCUUGAUGUAUUUGCUUCAUCGCCUUCAGGCACAAGCAGAUGACUUUUCGGCUAGAGAAGUUGCAGAGUCGAUGGGACUUGCUAACACUAACUUACCAUGAAUUAAGUGUUGCACCAUGUGAGAAUUUGCUGGCACAAAAGAGUCUUCAAGGUUUGACAAAACAUAGAAUAUGCCUCAAAUGAUGUAUUUAAUUAUGAGAGGUAAAGAGGAGUGAAGCUUUUGAUCAUUGGGUAUAUAGUUUGAAAUAUCUCCAUUUUUUGUUGAGGAUAUGCACGGAAAGUUGUUAAGUAUUGGGGUGUGUUAUUGCAAUUAAUAGACAAGGAGCCUGCGUCUUUCAUCCCUAAUAACGAUUGUGAAUUUUUCAUAUACAUACUGAGCGACAGCCAAUUCUUUCAUUAUAAUGUAUUAAAUGUUGUUUUGAAUUUGGUCAGGAAUUGCUUUCGUGACUAGUGAAGUGUGAAAUGCACGUGUAUAAUCACACUA